AUCGAUCUGACAGGCAGGAGAGUGUUUCGUGACGCGCGGGAUCAGCAGCGGACGCACGCUCGCGAAUGAGGCGCGCUCAGAUCUGAAGAAGAAAAACCAUGGCAACGGAGAAGCGCCUAGCGUUUUCUAUUGUGCAGUUUCUGCGAGAUCACGCUCACUGUGGCAGCCUGAACUCAGACGAGCAGGAGAGCAUUGAAGUUGCAAUUCAAUGUUUGGAGACCACCUUCAAAGUCAGUUCCACUGACUGCCACCUAGCAGUCCCACAGACCCUACCAGAGAUAUUUAAAAGUUCCCUGCUCAAGAAUGACAACAUGACCUUACCCAAGACGUUACCGCCCCCGAAAGACGUUGAAAUGGCAGAGCAGCUCAAGAAUGACGGAAACAACCACAUGAAGGUGGAGAACUACAGCCGUGCCAUGGAGUGCUACAGCCAAGCCAUCGACCUGGACCUCAGGAACGCAGUUUACUACUGCAAUAGGGCUGCGGCUCACAGUAAGCUGGGGAACUACACAGAGGCCACGGGGGAUUGCGAGCGCGCCAUCGGGAUCGACCCCAGCUACAGCAAGGCCUACGGACGCAUGGGGCUGGCUCUGACGGCCAUGAGCAAGUAUCCCGAAGCCAUUUCCUACUUUAAGAAAGCGUUGGUAUUGGAUCCUGAAAACGAUACCUACAAAUCCAACUUAAAAAUAGCCGAGCAGAAGCAGAGGGAGGCCAGCGGUCCAAUAGUUGCGGGGCUUGGAUUCGACAUGGCGAGUUUGAUAAACAACCCGGCCUUCAUCAGUAUGGCCGCUAGCGUGAUGCAGAACCAGCAAGUCCAACAGCUUAUGUCAGGCAUGAUGACCAAUGCGGUGGGGGGUCCGGGACCGGGGGGGCUGACCGACAUCUCCAGCCUGAUUGAAGCAGGACAGCAGUUUGCCCAGCAGAUCCAGCAGCAGAGCCCCGAGCUGAUAGAGCAGCUGAGGAACCACAUCCGGAGCCGCUCCUUCAGCGGGAGCGCAGAGGAGCACUCAUGAUGAUCUUCUUCCUGUACGCAGCUUUCAAUGUUUAGUCAUGGAAGAGGGGGUUCCAUACGACGUGAUUACAAUCGUUCCACCCAUUUCUUAAGCGAAGGCUGAGAGACCAAGAUGGGCAUUUUUUCCGAGGCACUUUAACCGUUUUCUUUUGUGGGGCUCAGGAGAAAGAAGAGGGUAGUGGAGACGAAGCAAGGAAAAAGAACCAACCAACACACACACUGAUAUCAGGGUAAGCACCAGACACAUAGUGAGAAAGCCUUCUACAAAACCAGACGUUACUUAAUCCCGGGCUGACCUGUUCUAAAAACAAAUAUGUAUAGAUAAUGUUUAGAUCUCAAUCUGAAUCUAAUUACCCAAUAGUGAAGGCAUCAUUUCAGGAAAUAUCUUUGGCUUUGCUUCAGUACUGAUCGGACGCCAGGUUUGCCAUGUUUUUAGUUUUUUUUAUCAUAUCAUCUCAAACCUUAUUUUUGUAUAAAUUCAUGGCAUUUUUGCUGUUAGCCGAGAGUUUACGCAAAUUCUUAACUGUGGUACCGAUGAAUGAAGUGAUGAAUGAAUACUGAAUGUGUCUUAAGCAGCCUGAACCGUCUUAUGUAUAGCACUUUAGCAGACAUGUAUGUAAUGUCAUGAUCCCCUUUAAGCUUGUGUGAUAGUUGAUAUGACGGAAAUGAUCACAUUUGCAUGCUCUUCAAUCUUAUAUCUGAAGUCUUACGCUUUAUGGAAAUAUAUAAUUGUAGAGAGCAUGUUUUGUUAAAAUCAUGCCAAUAAACCU